CUGCUUUUCUUUUCCAAUCUUUCGUGAAGGAAAGGGUUCGUAAAAGAAAAUGGAACAAUUUUUGCUUGAUUUAAAACAAGAGCAAUUCAACGGAUCAUAUGAUCUUGCGUAUAAAACCAUAAACCAUCUACGAAAGCUGAUCAGCCAAACAAGAUGGACGCAUGCACAAGAGCUCAUGAAUACAAUUAAAAAAGAAGGUAAGAAGAUGAUAACAGCUCAACCUUCAGAGUACGUGGUAGGCAACAUGGUUCGUCGUGUCUUGAAAAUUAUCCGCGAGGAAUAUGUGAGGUUAUUGGGCGAAUCUGAAGAAUCAGCGAAUAAAGAAUCCUUGCAUAAGAUGCUCACUGCUGAAGGAAAUGAAAGAGACGAUCACACAAAACCACUGAAAGAACUAAAAACGACCGUAAUUGAAGCUGUGAACGAAUACAUUGAUGAAAUGGAGGCUUCCAUUCAUAAUAUAUCAGCACAGGCAAUUGAACAUAUUCAUUCUAAUGAAGUUAUUCUGACAUUGGGAAAAUCCAGGACUGUUGAAGCCUUUCUUAAACAAGCUGCAAAGAAAAGAAAGUUUCAUGUAAUAGUUGUGGAGGGAUCCCCAUUAUACCAUGGACAUGAACUUGCUAAGUCAUUGGCAUCAAAAGGAAUUGAAACAACUGUUAUCACUGAUACUGCAAUUUUUGCCAUUAUGUCCCGGGUUAAUAAGGUAAUAAUUGGAACACAUUCUGUUCUCGCUAACGGUGGUUUAAAGGCAGUGAAUGGUGCCCACAUGGUGGCGUUGGCUGCUUCUCAUCAUGCCGUUCCAUUAAUCGUGCUUGGAGCGAUGUUUAAACUUUGCCUUCUUCAUUAUUCCGAUAUUGGAGGAAGUGAAGCAACCUUUAACAGACUUGCUUCACCACAAGAAGUGUUGGAUUAUUAUGAUGGCGGGACUGAAGAACUCGUUAAUGUUCAAAUCUACUCUCCUACUUUUGAUUACGUACCCCCGGAACUUGUUACUUUAUUUAUUUCAAACAUCGGUGGCAAUGCACCAUCGUAUAUGUACCGAUUAUUAAGUGAAUUGUAUCAUCCAGAUGAUCAUGUGUUAUAGAUUGUUUUGCUGCUGUUGUUAACAGGCAUAAUCUAAUACUUUUAAUUGCUCUUCUAGUAAAAAAAAGAAAUUUUAUUGAAAUAACAUUAUGUUUCCCUUUUGAAAGGAAUUCUCAUAGUGACACUAGUAGAACAAUUUCAAGUGUUAUAGAUUAUGUCGAGGUGAAUGUUUUGUUGACCUAAUGCAUGAAAUGGUUAAAUAAAGAAAGCUGUUUGUUUUAACUUAAAAAA